AUGCAACACGGUCAAGCGCGGAAGGAAGCCUCUGCUGCGAUCAUCGUUCACAGGAUAGCAGAAGCUGAUUCGCAAGUUUCUCAUCUCUACCUGGACCGACCAAGGUGGAGUCUGAGAGGCAAUGCAACGAUGGUUGUGGCGGGCCAGCAUCCAAUCUUCGACUUGCCAGCGUUUCUGACGGAGCACUCGGAGGUGGCCUUUCUGGUGUACCGGGACUAUCAGUCAUCACAACCAUAUUCUCCGGGCGCUCCGGACAGAUAUGUCGAGCACACAUCGGAAGAGAUCGUGCCCGCAACGAGCGACCUGAAGCAGGCGCUCACUAAAUUGAACGAUUUCAUUAGUGAGCCUUUUGCGCCCAAACAUUACGCCAACCAUACCUUCCAAGCAAAUUUGCCGAUGUCCUCGCCGUACCCAUCUAUUUUCCGUAUCCGCGAUCGGAAAGACACGUUCCUGAGUACAUUGAGCCAUGAAGAGGCGCGUCAGUUUCAAGUCGUAUUCGACUACGUGCUGGCCGAACUCUCCGAGGAGUAUCAGACAGUCAACUCACUACUCAGCAGGAAGAGGAUGACUUACCCUUAUCUCAAGUACCUCUUUUGGCCUGGGGAGCUUUUGACCGCCGGCCGUGGCUCCAGCAUGCGAGGAUAUCUGUCAACAUCUACGCUGUCUCUGUCCAGCCGCGAAACCGCUCAGAACGUGGAGUAUUGGAAACUUGAUUCGAUAACUUGGGAUUUCGACGGAUCCUUCUCACGAAAACAACAUCAGUUUACCAUGGUAUUCAGCACAGAUAAGAGUUUGGAACUGGACGUUGAGGACCUUCCCGUGAUACCGUCAAGGCUUCAUGGUGGCGCUGACCUUCUUCGACUCUGGUGCAGGGGUCAGAAAUUUUGGAAGUGUCGUUCGGCACGACUAGUCUCCUACCAGGCCAGAUCAGAUCUCAUCUCUCAGCACCCUGAUAGUGAGAGAUUUAUGGUCGAUGUUUCAAAGUUCAACGAGACACGGAUGCCCCCCCACAACCACGUCUCUCCGAACCUUGGAGAGACCUCUACUUCCAAUUACGUGAUUAAUCACAUGACCAGUGACACUCCCCCCGAUCAACUCUUUCUCCAAAUGUUGCCAUCAACGAUCAAAGGUUAUAGUCUCGAGCGAAAGAAGUGGCUUGACCUGGAGGUGGACGGGAUAACCGAUGUGGCUUGGAACAAGAAGGCCUGGGAGUAUCUUGUUCUGGACUGCAAAUCCAAACAAACCUUGCAAGCACUGGCAUCGGGCUGGUUAAAGCUUGCCAAGUCAGCGGUUCUUGGUGGCAACCAAUCGGCGGACUAUAUCAGUGGCAAAGGCACUGGGCUUGUUCUGCUUCUGCAGGGGCCUGCUGGCACCGGGAAGACACUGACUGCGGAGAGCCUGGCCGAAUCGCUCGAGAUGCCACUCCUUCCUGUCUCGUGUGGAGAUUUCGGAACCGAUCCCAAGAGGAUGAAGGGUCAUUUAGAAGAUAUCCUCGCACUCGGGAAGGCAUGGGGAUGUGUCAUACUACUGGACGACAUGGAUCUGUUCCUGGAAGAACGGUGGCCCAACGACCACCAACACAAUGCCAUGACGUCGGUACUUGCGCGUGCUCUCGAGCACCACGACGGAAUCAUCAUUCUGACGUGCAACCGGGUCGACACUCUCAGCGACGCCUUCAAGUCUCGCAUCCAGCUGACGGUGCAAUACCCUGCCCUUGUUCCUUCCCAGAGAGCGCAGAUCUGGAGGAAUCUGAUUUCUCGGAUCUGCCACCUCCGGGACGCAAAUAUGGACUUUGAUGACCUGCUUGAGCACGUCGAGGAGCUUUCACAAUAUGAGAUGAAUGGAAGGGAGAUACGCAAUGUGUUCACGACAGCUCGCCAGCUUGCCGAGGCUCGGAUGAUGCAAAAUCUUGACCACAAUCACAUAGAAGACAUCAUCCAUAGGGAGGGUACUCUUUAA